UCCAUCUUAUUGUCCAAAUUUAAAUUUUCGACGAAUUCAAAUACCACGAAUAGCGGUACUAACUCAUCGAUGGCUUCUGCUGUAAAAAGAACGGAGAAUGACGAUUAUAUUACAUGUCCCUACGAUAAAACACAUUUAUUGCGACCCAAUCGCAUAGCCAUCCAUUUGAUUCGUUGCGCCCCCAACCAUCCAACGGCCAAGAUGGUGAUCUGCCCAUUUAAUUCGUCACAUGUGCUUUCUGUCUCGAAAAUGGUGGAACACGUUUCGACCUGUAAGUGGCGUUCAAACUUUGAAUUGUUCAUUCACCCAGACAAAUUGCCUGCGGCUGAGCCUCUGCCACUUCAGUCAUACGGUCAUCUGUGCACCGAAGAUUGGGAUAUUGAUCCAGAUGUCCCGACCUACGAUCCAAAAUUGCACUGCGAAAAGAAUUUAAUAAUACGCAACAUUCAAGGUGCGACACCAUCCGUACGUCGCCAGUUCCGGAAAAAUGAGCGAGAGCGCUUUACCGUAACUCCUUCUCAAACCCGUUCUACUGACAACUGUUUCCAUCAGUUUAGCAAUGACUUAAAAGAUUUGGUGCAGAAUAUUGGUGGACACUAUACUACCAAACGCCAAGGGCAUUUGCCAAAUCAAUUUUCUAGUGUUGAGAACAACUUGCAGGAGCGUUUCGAUCAUAUUUGCACUAAAAAGCGUUCUACUGGACGUCACUCAAAUGGACAUUCUGCUGAUCAGCUAUCCAGUGAUAGUAAUUCGAUUGCGCAGUACUUUAACGAUCCUGGCUGCACUAAAGACAAUUUUUCUGAACAGUCUCAUCAUGAUGAGCAUUCUGAUGGACGCCGUUUUCCGAAAGACUUUUUCGGACGGCUUUACAAAAUGGAGUAUUUUCCUAAUCUUGUGAGUGAUAAUAAUUCCAUUGAGCAGGAUAAGGGCGAACGGCGUUACACUGAUGAGGGCUCCGCUAGAGAGCAUGAUCGCUGGAAUCUCUUUAACGGAGUAGAUCCACUUUCUCCUUACAAGGUAUUUGAUGGUUUGUAAAAUUAAUCAUGAAUACAAGUUACUAACAAUUAGAGGAUAGCGGAGAACAAACACCGGUACAUAAUUGUUAGUAACAAUACAAAAUACUUAAGUACUUAAAUAAUAUUAAGCCAAAAAUAAUGAAAUAUUGGACAAAUUA